CAGGAAGCCUGGUGAGACAGGCCGAGUCCAGAGGAGCGACAGGAAGGAGCGAGUCCGGAGUCGAGGAGGUCGGAGUGGAGGAUGGACACGAGACGGAGGAGCGGCGGCAGACCAGCGAGAAGGAACGCGUGGAAGUGAAGGGAAACUCUGCUUCUCAAUGAGGAAUCACCUUCCACCAGGACGUUUCACCCGUGUGUCCCUCUGAAGGAUUAUUCGCUGCCCGCUCCCGGAGCAUCGUCUUCGUUGCCCGGUGGAUGUCCACUCUGCUCUUCUGCUCGGCCUCAGGAUUAUGGUGGAGUUCCCUCCGACCCAACAUGUUGAGGUGUGAAGUUCCCAGUGCUCUCCUCUGCCUGUGGGUCACCUGGCUGCUGCUGCAGGACGUGACCAGUGCAGCUGCCGCACAGAACCAGUCGGUCCCAUGUCGCAUCUCAGUAUCUGAACCAGCGUCCGGUCUGGACUCCGUCUCUCUGACCGUCAACACGCCCGGACGGAACUGCUCCUUCGUGCUGACGCCGCUCGACGCCGGGGUCGACCACGGCGAGUGUCUGGGACGACGGCGAGGAGACGAGGAGCCGGAGACUCGUGAGAUCGGAGGACGAGAGGAGGAGGAGGUGAAGGAGGUGAAGGAGGAGGAGGAGGAGGAGGUGAAGGAGGUGAAGGAGGAGGAGGAGGAGGUGAAGGAGGAGGUGAAGGAGGAGGUGAAGGAGGAGGAGGAGGAGGAGGAGGGAUCGAACUACCUGGGAACCGACCAGCUGGCAGCGGAGGAUGCUGGGAACAAGAGUGCAGGAGAAGCGUUCACCUGUGUGUUGCGUCACCUGGAGCCCGGGACGUCCUACGAGCUGCAGGUCCGGUCCCAGACGGACGAGGAGGCGGCGAACGUCACCGUGCACACGAGACCGUCGGCGGUCGGCGGCCUGGCGGUGACGUCCAGGACGUGCUGCAGCCUCGGUCUCUCGUGGCAGGCCGGUCCCGGCAGGACGCAGCGCUUCAGGGUGCAGCUGUGGGGACGACCUCGGGGUCGGGGUCACUCGGGUCUGAUGAAGAGCGAGACGGUGGAGAGCACCACGACGCGACACACCCUCGUCGACCUGACGCCGGGGCGACUGUACAACGUCACCGUGGUGACGGAGGCCGGCGACCUGAAGAACAGCCGGACGGUCGAGGCCCGGACAGUUCCCGCUCCCGCGUCCAACAUCAGCGUCGAGUUUCGCAACAGCACCAUCUUGUCAUUGUCAUGGCAACGGCCCACAGGCGACCUGGACGCCCUCGUCGUCGCCCUCUCGACCAAUGGCACGAGCCGCCGCGAGACGACGACACUUCCUCCGAACGCCACGGAGGUCACCUUCGAUCGGCUGACCCCCGGCUCGACCUAUCGGUUCGCGGUCACGUCCAGGAGCGCCGAGCUGACGAGCCAAUCGGAGAUCAGUGUCAGCACAGCUCCGGCGGCGGCGGCCCUCCUCUCCCUGUCGCCCUCCUCCUCCGGGGACCUCGUCCUGACUUGGACGCCCCCUCCUGGACACUGGGAGCGUUACAGGCUGUCCCUGUUUGACGGCCUCCAGCAGUUAGUCGACACCGGCGUGGACCAGGAGGCGGAGACGUUCGUGUUCCCCGGGACGGACCUGACGCCUGGGAGGACGUACAGGGCGCUGCUGAGGGUGGAGAGCAACGGACUGGAGGCUGAGAGCAGCUGUGAAGGAUCAACAGCGCCCGCUGCCGUGACGAACCUCCAUAUCCGACACUCGGACGAGACCUCGCUCAGCGCCAUGUGGAGCCACGCCCCCUCCGGCUCACGUGACGGCUACUUCCUCACCAUUCGUCACGAUAACGUCACCGUGGAUACCAGGGAGGUGGAGCCUAACAUGAGGGAGUGCACGUUCAACGUACUCACACCCGGGAGGCGGUUCACCGUCACCGUGACAACGAGGAGCGGGAAGUUGAACACCUCUGUGUCUCUGGAGGGAAGGACAGUUCCCAUGGCGUUGCGUUCCAUCACUCUGAGUAGCUCCGGCGUCGACAGCCUCCAGGCAUCAUGGGAAAAACCACCGGGAGACGUGGACUCGUACACACUGACCCUGCUGCACGACAGUGUCGUGGUUCAGAACUUCAGCGUUCCAGUCGGCUCCUCCUCUCUGCUGCUGGCUGGGCUGACGCCCGGCGCCCUCUACAGGCUGCAGGCCGCCACUGUCAGCGGGGGGCUGCGGUCUGCAGCCACAAGUCUGGAGGGGCGGACAGCGCCAGCGUCCGUCUCCGAGGUGACCGUCGGCAACGGCGGCAGAUCGGACGCCCUGCAUGUGUCGUGGCGUCCGGCGGCGGGCGUGGUGGACAACUACCUGGUGCGUCUGCAGGACGGCAGUCGCACCGUGCACACGCUCGCCGUGUCGCGCCUCUCGACGCCCGAGUGCUCCUUCAGCUCGCUGGUCGCCGGGCGGCUGUACUCGGUCGUCAUAGUGACGAGGAGCGGCGGCCUGGAGAGCGGCACCACGGUUCAAGCGCGAACACAACCUGCCACCGUACAGAACCCGACAGCUGUUCACUCCGCGAGAGACGAUUUCCUCAAGGUGUACUGGCGUCACGCGGCCGGAGACCUGGACCGCUACGUGGUUCUGAUCCGCUACAACCACAGCGUCCUGCAGAACAAGAGCGUCUCCGCCGGACACAACGAGUGCGUCUUCUCGUCGCUGACGCCGGGCAGACUCUACACCGUCACCGUGGAAACCUGGAGCGGCGGCUACGUCGGCAGCGUCUCCACCGACGGACGCACCUUUCCAGCUGCUGUGGGUAAUCUGUCGCUAGGCGACGCAGGAACAGGUUAUCUGACUGUCACCUGGAGCCCCGCCCCCGGAGACGUGGACCAUUACGAGGUCACGCUGCUCUUCAACGACACGCGUGUUUUCCCUCCGGUGACGUUGGGCAGCGAGGUGUGGCGUCACCGUCUGACCUCCCUGACCCCCGGGCGUCUCUACAAGAUCGUGGUGUCGACGUUCAGCGGACCGAACCAGCGAGCGCAGUUCAUCGAGGGACGGACAGUUCCCAGUCCGGUGGGAAACCUCCACAUGGCUCCUGGACCGGGUCCGAGGGACUCGACCACCGGACUCCGGGUCUCCUGGACACCCGGAGACGGAGACCUGGACACGUACGUCGUCUCCUUGACGACCACGGACAGCGUCACCGUGGAGACUCGUCACGUCCCCAGACACGUCUCCUCCCUGGACUUCCUGGACCUGAUCCCAGGCCACGCCUACACCAUCACCGUCCAAUCGCUGAGCGGGGAGCUCAAAAACACCAACGCAGCCACCGGCAGGACAGCUCCGGCCCGCGUGACGGCGCUGCAGGCGGACAACGACCACACCACCCACAGCCUGACGGUCCGCUGGGAGCGGCCGGUGGGCGUGUACGACGGCUACAGGCUGCAGCUGCUGGACGAGGCCGGCGUCGUCGUAUUGGCCAACCGCUCGCUGCCGGCCGAGAGGCGGAGCGAGCGGUUGGAGCGUCUGACCUCGGGGCGGCGCUACAGCGUCAGGCUGGUGACGCUGAGCGGCGGCGUCCCGUCUGCGGUCGCCACGGCAGAGGGACAAACACGUCCGGCCGCGGUCAGUAAUCUGACCGUCACGUCGGCAGACACCUCCUCGCUCUCCUUCUCCUGGCGUCCGUCCGACGGCCACGUGGAAAUCCACGACCUGUCCCUGUACGUCGUCGCCGAGGCGACGGCCAAUCGCAGAGCGGAUGCUGCGGGGAGCAGGAAGGAGCAUCACCAGGCGCUCGACGAGCUGGUGGACCUGCAGAAAGUCGGCUCGGCCGCGGACGGAUGCGUCUUCUCCGGCCUCCGAGCAGGAAGUCUGUACCGCCUGCAGGUGGUGAGCUGGAGCCGAGGCAUGAGCAGCGACUCGUCCGUCCUCGCCAGAACAGUUCCGUCUGCAGUGUCGUCUCUCCAGGUUCAGAGUUCGGGGCGGACGGACCGACUGACGGUCAGCUGGCAGCGCGCUGAGGGAACCUGCAGCAGUUAUCAGGUCGUGUUGUACGACGUGUCCGGAGCCGCUCUCGGAGCCCAGACGCUGGGGGCGGAGCACCGGAGUCACAUGAUCCCUGGGCUGGUCCCUGGUAGGCUGUACCGCGCCGAGGUGGUCACGCACAGCGGGGAGCUGACCAAUAACGUGUCGGCUGUCGGACGCACCUCUCCAGAUCCCCCGACCCACCUGUCCGUCAAACAAGGCGCCGCCAAUCACACCAUAGAGCUGCAGUGGUCUGGCCCCGCCUCCGGCGACUACGAUGCCUUCAGCCUCCAGUGGACGCCUCCCGACCACCUGUCAGUCACACACACCCAGCUGACCGGCUCCGUCGUGGGCGGGAUGUUCCCCGGGCGACAGUACAACUUCACCGUGACGACCGUCUCCAGCGGGGGCGGGGCCGCAGCAGCCAGGAGCCAGCCAAUCCAGAGGAGCGUCAGGACGAGUCCGUCUCCUCUCAGGUCCAUCCACUGCUUCCCUCUCUCGUCCUCGUCCCUCUCCUGCUCCUGGUCGCCGCCCGUCUCCGACUUCGACUCGUACGAGGUCGAGUGUCGUCGCCACGACGACGGCGAGCUGACCUCGGCACUGCGGCUGGCGGAGGGCGUCGCCGCCGUGACGCUGGACCGUCUGGAGGCGUACAGGAAGUACACGGUGACAGUCAGGGUGUCGUCGGCCGGACACACGAGUCUGCCGGCGACGCACACGACCGUCACCAUGAUAGACCGUCCUCCGGUCCCGCCCCCCAGCGUGCGCGUCGGCGAGAGGUCAUCGAAGGUCACGUCGUCCUCCAUCUUGUUUCGCUUCAACUGCUCCUGGUUCAGCGACGCCAACGGCGCCGUGCGAUACUUCGCCGUGAUCGUGGCCGAGUCGGACGCCAACGAGCUGCUGCAGCCGGAGCAGCGCCACCCGCUGCCCUCGUACCGCGACUACGUCAGCAACUCGUCCGUCAGAGCCUAUCAGAGCGCUUACUUCGCCAGCCGCUGUCCGCAGGACACGGAGACGUCACCUGGACAGGUGGUGGAGGUCAACCUGGGGGCAGGAGGCGACCGACUGGGCGGGGCCUGUGACCAUUACCAUGACGACGACCUCUACCUGAGUGACAGCUACGGCAGCUUCUGUGACGGACCUCUGAGAUCCAAAACAUCCUACAGGCUGAGCGUUCGAGCGUUCACCAAACUGUUUGAUGAAAACCACAGUGAGUUUCCUCAGCCGCUUUUCACCGACACGUACCUGUCGACGCCGAUCAGGACGCACGCAGAGCCUCUAGGUGGCGUGGUGGAGGGGUUGAGCGCCGGCAUGUUCCUGAUCGGGAUGAUGGUCGCCGUCGUCUCGCUGCUCGUUUACAGACAGCGGCUCCGCAAAGUGGCUGUGCAGGAGAACCCGUUGGUGAGGAUGAGCAUGUGGAAAGAGGUUCCGUCUUCAGGCAUUUACAUGGGAGUAAGGAGCAACCGUCGGGUGACCAGUCCCGUCAAAGCCUGUCACUUCGAGUCCCAUCUGACCAAACUUCAGGCCGACUCCAACUACCUGCUGUCGGAGGAGUUCGAGGAUCUGAAGGACGUCGGGCGCAACCAGACGAUGGACGUCGCCCGGCUGCCGGAGAACCGAGGGAAGAACCGCUACAACAACAUCCUGCCAUAUGAUUCCACCAGAGUGAAGCUGUCGUACCUGGAGGACGACCCCUGCUCCGACUACAUCAACGCCAGCUACAUACCUGGUAAUAACUACCGGCGGGAGUACGUCGCCACCCAGGGCCCGCUGCCCGGCACCAAGGAUGACUUCUGGCGAAUGGUGUGGGAGCACGGCGUCUACAACGUCGUCAUGGUGACGCAGUGUGUGGAGAAAGGACGAGUGAAGUGUGAUCAGUACUGGCCUGCGGACAGAGAACCUCUGUACUACGGCGACCUGGUCAUCCAGAUGCUGUCCGAGUCCGUCCUGCCCGAGUGGACCAUCCGGGAGUUCAAGAUCACCUCGGAGAGCGGCGGCAGCUUCCCCCGGGUGCUGCGUCACUUCCACUACACCGUGUGGCCCGACCACGGCGUCCCGGAGAGCUCCCAGUCCCUGAUCCAGUUCGCCAGGACGGCCCGCGACUACGUGGACCGGUCGCCGAGCUCCGGCGCCACGGUGGUGCACUGCAGUGCCGGCGUCGGACGAACCGGGACGUUCAUCGCGUUGGAUCGUGUUCUGCAGCAGCUGGACUCUAAAGGAACCGUGGACCUGUACGGCUGCGUGUUCGACCUCCGUCUGCACCGUCAGCACAUGGUCCAGACCGAGUGUCAGUAUUCCUUCCUGUACCAGUGUGUACGCGACGUCCUGAGAGCCAGGAAACAUCGCAGUGAGCAGGAGAACCCUCUGUAUCCCAUCUACGAGAACUUCAACCCCGAGUACUGUCGCGACUUCAUGUACACUGGACGCUGAACAGACGAUGACAUCAUCACAUCGAGAGGACGUGGGUUGAGAGUUAACAGAUCAUUUUUAUGAAGUUUCAUUUGUAAGCUUCACUCUACUGGUUUGUUUUAAUAUUUCAAAAUAAAGUGUCUCAAGAAGAUUUUAAAAACUACAAAAUUCAACGAAUUCUCAGUUUGGCUCAUCCCGUGGACGACACACAUGUACGGGUGAAGACAAACUGUAACCAGCCUGACGGAGCUAGAGAUUUGAUACGGAAUUGUUUGGCCGAUAAGUUUUCUAAAAAAUGAUCCAAUUAUUUGACCAACUUGGAACCGAUCCCCCGAUAAAAGAAAACAUUUGGUCGAUCUCAGGGUUUAAAAAUCAUAAAAAAUAUUUGAGUUCAAUCUGACAAAACUGAUCACAGGGAAGAAAAGGGCCAUUCAUUUUUUACACUCGAUUAUUACAGUAUGUCCUCACAUACUGACCCUUAUAAGCUGUUUAUUUAAAAAGUUACACAUAUUGCUGUAUGUAAAUAUUGGUGUAAUACUCUUUUUAUACGAUAAUGAAUAUAUUUACUAUAUGUUGACUAUUUUAAUUAUGUUAUUACUGUUUAUAUAUUGUUUAAGAAGCAGCGAGCAUUUAUAACCUGUUGUAACUAUCCUGCUUUUAAACAUAUGCCACUGUAGUUGUUCAUAAACUGCCAAAAGUUAACAAUUACAAUGAAAGUUGAAUCAGUUAUUAAUUAACUGGAGUUCAGUUACAAACUUGUUUUCUUGGAUAUUUUCUUUGUUUAUGGAAUCUCAUUAGUCUCAAAACUCUUUGUGUUGGACUAUUGGAACGGUUUUAACGUUGUUAAAUUGUUUUUGAUUUAUUUGUUAAGGACAUAAUUGAUUUCGACGUGUUGAAAAGAACAUUGACGUCCAUGUCAGUGAAUCUUGGACAAACUUUUCUUAAAGUCCAACACUUUUUUUUUUUGUGACUACAAUAAUGAUUCAAGCCAUAUUUCCCAGCACUAAGAAUGUAUGAAGCAGUUUUUAUAACUUGCUGUCAGAUCACUAUGAAAUUGAUUAAACAUUCAAUUAAAAAUUGCUGCCAAACCAUC